AUGCCUCGCGACGGAUCCGGCAGGUCUCACAACGAUGUCGAGGACAAGCCCGAGAUUGCUCACGGUGCCGACCAGCCUGGAAGCGACGUCGACAGGUCCAACAAGGCUGCUGCUAUGCCAGAGGGAGAGAAGGGCCUGGCCAUCGAGGGCAUGAACGCCAGUGGUGGUACCUCGCAAGGGCUUAGCGAGGGACCCAACGUCGGUCAGGGCAAGGGUGCAUCCAAGAAAUGA